AUGCUGCAUUCAUUGCCCGCUGCGCAACCAGCCGCAGCGGCCAAGACAGCGCGAGAGCCUGAGGACCCCGAGAGCUGCGCAUUGCCUGCCGCGGAGAUCACGCGGAGCGCAGCCGUGCAAUAUGUCUUCGACCACAGAAUUCUCGAUCUGUUCAAGAACCUGCUGUCACGGCUUUUCUACAGCAAGCCUGAAAACGUCAGGGGAUUCCUGAUUAGUGAACUUUCCAAGAUAGACGAAGCACGACACUUGUCUGCCACACAGGCGGCAGAAGGGGCAGCAGCAGCAAAUAAUGGUACUCCGCCUUCCGAGAAUCUGCAGAGUCUUGAGUCGCCUGCAGCAGACAAGGAACUUGGAAUCUUCAAUGUGAACGAUUUUCCGGUGUAUUUCAACCUGCUCUCUGGCGAUGAGAAAGACAAUAUUCCAGGCGCACAACUACUGCACUUGGGCUUCCUUUUGCGAGGGCACUUUCUAGAAGAGGACUGGACGUUCCCCGAUGUACCUGACGUCUCCCGUGCUGGAGUCAGUCUGGCGUCCACGCGCUCAAGGGAGGGCUCUCGCGACACCAACCAAAUUGAUGCGGCCGCACGGCCUGCCACGACAGCGAAAACGCACGCCACCCUGUUCCGUAUCGCGAGAAGAUGA